AUGAGCUCCAUCUCUCACAAGCAGCCGGGUCUUCAGUCUCAAGGACAAAGCCACUCCUCUCCGGCCGCUUCAAACGCUAAGACGUCGCCCCUGGCAAACAACGCUGCCAGGUCGUACGCGAACGCCACCAAGAAGUCCAACGAUUCUGAGCCUGCCUCGGCGCACCAUGGAAAAUCGCCCUCUACAGCUACGAACACAGUGAACGGCAAAUCAUCCAUGCAGGACUCCCAACCCUCGACAGUGACCAUUGUCAAUGGCGCUCCUUCCGUCCAUGCGGAUCACAGCAGGAAACAAUCCGUAACUAUCAGCUCUGCUGGCACCACUGGAUUUAUCCCAAACGGUGGCGCAGCCGGUAACCCGAAUCGCAACAGUAUUCAGUUUGGAUCGGUAGAUCAGAACUCGCCAGCCAUGGGUUCUCCCGCGAUGCCUGUCAGUCAACCACAGGCUGGUCUCGGUGUCGCGCAACCUGCCAAUCCUCGCAUUACCUCCCCUUCGACGUCCCCAUCGCCGAUUCCUCAGCCCGCAUCGAGCGGCGGCCGGCCGCCGUCCACAUACCAAAACCAGGGCAAUGCGCCAAACUUUGGCAGCUUCGCUGAUGCCUCGGGGGAUGCUCGGAGAAUGAACCAAGCGCCUCUUGGCCCACCCACGGCCACUCAUCUCCGUCGCGAAUCUUCACAGUCCGGCCAUGGCGAUAUCAGCGGUCACAUCCCUGGAGGACCUGGCGGACCUGGUCGCGGUGGUUAUUCGCAUCCAGGUGGCCGAGGCCGUGGAUACUCGAACUCCGGAUACCAAAACUCAUACUCUACGAGCCCUAAUUUCCGAGCCACACCAAGUCAACCUCGAGGAGGACCGAAUAUGAACGCCCCCCCGUUCCAUGGUCCAAAUCAAGGACGUGGUAUGCCGUUCCCAGCCUCUCCUCACCAGGCCGCUCGAAGCCCGGCCAUGCAUAACGUACACCCUGCUACUACUCCGCAAAUGAACCCCAUACCCAUGGCACACCCUCAGAUGCAAACUCAACACUAUGGCGGCUACAAUCAACAUAUGGGACCCCAAAAUGUGAGGAAUCGAAACACUUCUUUUAAAAAACCCUUCAGGAAAAUGGAACCCAAUCAAAGAAAUUUCACCAAAAAGAAGAGUUCACAUGGAACCCCUAGCAGUGCCUCUUCAAACACUAUACCCACGCCUUCACUCCCUCCCCCUACUCCCACCAUUAACCCUUCUCAUCUUCUUCCUACCGUGAAUCUUGCUCCAGAAAGUGGUGAAUUUGAACAUUAUCUAACAAUGUUGAAACCUCAGAAUUACCCUCAUGGUUACGAUCAAAACUAUUAUUACCCCGGCUACGCAGUGCAGCAAGGCAUGUACAUGACACCGCCUUCACCUCAGCCCCGACCCGGUAUUCCUUACGGUCAGCCCGGUGCCUAUAUACCAAGCCAAUUCCCCGCCGCAGGAGUUCAGCCACCAGCGCAGUCCACUCCGCUGUCGAGGAACUCUUCUCAGGUGUCUAACGAUCGGCCCGGCUCGAGUCUCGGCCAGGGGCCAGCUCCAACAGCUGCUGCUACUCCAGGUCAUGCUCACAAUGCAAGCAGAACUUCGAACAGCCCCGCUCCACAAAAGGCACAUUUCAUCAUCCCAACGCCGAAGAAGAGUGCUAUCGUCAUUAAGGAUCCCAACAGCGGUGCAGUUAAGUCGUUUGACAAGCAGCCAGCAUCCCCAGCACGUGCUACGCCAUCACCUGUCAAGGGUGCCGCUCCCACGCCACCUCCCCGCACUGCUAGCGGCACCGACCAUUCCCGAACUGAGAGCAAAUCGGUCAAGACCGAUGAGGAGAAGAAGAAAGAACUCCGCGAUGCUGUCAGAAUGAGGAUCGAACAGGAAGAGGCCGAAAAUCGUCGCAAGGAAGAGGACGCUCGCAAGGCAAUUGAGGAUCUUUCUCUAGCUGACAAGGAUGACAGUAAAUCGAAGGAGCCUGCCCCCACUGAGCCAGUUGAACCGGAAACCAAGGUAGAGACCGACGAGCCCAAGGAAGAAAAGAAGCCCGAGGAGAAGCCUGAGGAGAAGCCUGCUGCUCCUGCUCCUGCUCCUGCUCCUGUUGACGAUGAAAUUGACUUUGAUGCCAUCGAACGUGAAAUGGCUGAGCUUGAAGCCAAGGAACUUGCCGCUGAAGCUGAGUACUACAAAAAGAAGCAGGCGGACAAGGAAGAGAAGGAACGCAAAGAGAAAGAGGAAGCUGAAGCUUAUGAGCGCAACAUGAAACAAGCAGAACGUGAAGCUGAGGCUGCUGAGGAAGCCCGUAUUAAAAAGCUCGAGGCUGGCGGCGAAGACGAAAGCUCAAAGAAGAAUGCCGAACUUUUUGCAUCUUUGCGCAAGGGAGGUUUCCCUGCUACUGAAACCUCCACGCCGGACGAUAGUGGCGCUGCUACGCCUGUUUCGGUUUCUGAUGCCUCCAUGGGACCUCCCUCCAAGCCGGCCAGUAUUUCCAAGGCAAAACCAGGUCCUCUUAAGCUUGAAACCAAGGCUGUCGAACCUUCACAGCCAAGUGCAGCUCUCAAAUCGCUGCACAGUGCCAAGUUCUUGGAUGAUCUAGCCAGUGUUACCUACCCUACUUCCAUCGUCUCGCCCAACCCGGCUUUGAAUGCCAAUGCUCCAUCCGAUCGCAAAUUCAAGUACAACAAGGAAUUCUUGUUGCAAUUCCAGAAUGUCUUCAAAGAGAAGCCCACUUUGGACUGGGAUGUCCGUGUCCGCGAGACCGUGGGAGAUAGCGGCGAUACUUCACGACCACAAUCUGCUCGGACUCCUGGCACAGGCCGAACUGCUUCUCGCUCUGGAAUCCCAUCCAAUUUCAAAAUGGGCACCUUUGUGGGUGCCAACACACCUACCGUUGGAGGGGCCUCAAGAGAUGGUUUCCCGACUCCCGGUGCUCGCAUGCCGCCUAUGGGAAGCGGUCACUUUGGCGGGCCCUUCGGCCGUCCUGGCUCUAUUGGGCCUGGCGCUAUGGGUAGUCGUAGCGGCUCCACGACUAUUCACAAUGUACCUCAGUCACCUCGCCCUGGUUCUAGCCGGGCAGGUACACGCAGUGGUAGCAGACGCGACAAGCAGGCCGUCAAGAAGGAGGAAGAGUCUAACAAGUCAAUGCCGCUCACAGCCAAUGUUGCUCUUAAGCCCCUCGCUGUGUCUACAACCGGUUGGAAACCGCGAAGUGUUGGUCAAGCUGCCACCGCUGGCCCAACUCCAGGCGGCGACUCUGCAUACAUGGCGCCUGAUGUCGUGCAACGUAAGGUGAAGGCCAACCUCAACAAGAUGACUCCGGACAACUUCGAGCGUAUCUCCGAGCAAAUUCUUGCAAUUGUCUCGCAAUCCAAGGACGAGACCGAUGGCCGUACUCUUCGACAGGUUAUUCAACUCACAUUCGAGAAGGCCACUGACGAAGCGCACUGGGCUCCAAUGUAUGCCAAGUUCUGCAAGCGCAUGCUUGAGAGCAUGAGUCCGGAUAUUAAGGAUGAGAACAUUAAGGACAAGAACGGCAAUGUUGUUGCAGGUGGCAGUCUGUUCCGUAAAUACCUUCUCAACCGCUGUCAAGAGGAGUUUGAGCGUGGUUGGAAGGUCAACCUACCGCCUAAGCCAGAGGGCGUGACUGAAGAGGCAGCCUUGAUGUCGGAUGAAUACUACAUCGCAGCUGCUGCCAAACGUCGCGGUCUCGGUCUUGUCAAGUUUAUUGGUGAACUGUACAAAUUGGGAAUGUUGACUGAGCGUAUUAUGCAUGAGUGUGUGAAGAAGCUUGUUGACUACGAGGGCAUCCCUGAUGAGGCCGAGGUUGAGAGUUUGACAAGUCUUCUACGCACAAUCGGUGCUAGUCUGGACGUCUCUGAGAAGGGACAUGCCAUGAUGGAUGCGUACUUUGGUCGUAUCUCUCUCAUGAUCGAUACUCCUGGCCUACCAAGUCGUCUCAAGUUUAUGCUUAUGGAUGUUGUCGACUUGCGUGCUGCCAACUGGGUAUCGAAGGGUGGCGACAAAGGCCCAAAGACGAUCACUGAGAUUCGUGAAGAGGCCGCCCGUGUCCAACACGAAGCUGAAAUGGAACGUCUGCGUCAACAAGCCAGCCGGGGCAGCGGCCGUGCACCACUCGGCCGUGGCGACGCUCGCAACUUUUCAGGCGAUUACCGCAACCAAGCACCGCCGCCAGACUUUGCGUCCAGCAAAGUUGGCAGUGAUGAUCUACGUCGUCUCAAGACGGCUCGCACGGCCAACCAGCCUGUGUCAUUCGGACCAUCGAGCAUGUUCGGGUCUCGCAGCAGCAGUGGCCGCAAGAACCUAGGCCCUGGAGGCAACUUGGUUCGUGGUGGCGAGGACAGCGGAGCAAGCAGCCGCACGGGAACACCGCCUGCAGGAAAGAAGGAAGAUAAGGAGGCAGCAUCCUCCAUCAACGCAUUCAGCGCCUUGGCAAGUCUCGAGGACAACAUGGCCACAUCACCCCCUUCAAACCCGACGUCACCUGAACUGACAAAAUCGCAACCUGUGAAGAGUGAAGGAGAAGCAGCAUAG